AUGGAAGGAAGAGAUGGGAGAGGCGAUGGCCGAGAGCGGGCGGAGUUUGAAAUGUGCCCAGAUAGGAUAGGACGAGCCAGCGAAUGGCGGACGCCCAACUUUUUCGUCCGGACGUCCAUCUGCCCUCGUCGUCGCCGUCGUCGUCGCGCACAGGCCGCUCUUUUCGCCGCUUUCGCCUUCGCCGCCGCUGCCCUCGUCGCACACGCCCCGCCGCUCCCCGUCCACAGCUGGCGCGCACGCACGUCAUUUGGGCUUUUGUUCGCGUUCUGCCUCUCUCCAUUUUUAUCUAUUGAUACCGCACCACCUUCAGUCGCUACUUUCCUUGUGUUGUUUGUGCGUGUCUCUCUUUACAAACCCCCUCACACUCGUUUGUCCUCCUCCUGCCGUGCUUCCGCACACCCCGCUCCUUCCUUUCUUAUUCAUAUCUAUAUUGAUAUCUGA